GGAAAAUUUCAUCAAUUCUUCAACAACCCAAACAAACGAAACAACGACGACUGCUCCAAUGGCUGACGCUGAGGACGCUGAGCUGGACGCGCUUCUCCAGCAACUGGAGAGCUUUGACAUGCCUGUGCCAAAGGACGCACAGCAGAGCGAGACCGACAAGGAAGGCGCAUACGAUAACCUUGUGAGGCGACCGGAAGAAUACCAGGUCCCAAAAGUUGCUCCCCCAAAGCGGCCCGAGGACACAUCGAACAGCCGCGGCGAAUAUGAUGUGCCCAGGCGUGACCCCAGCAGCGUGUAUCUGCGCCGAAAGUCUGCAGCCACCGCAGCCAGCCACACUCAACCGCUGCAGGCAGCCACCAAGAAGCAGGUCAGCACAUAUGCGGUGCCCGCGCCCGUCGCUGAUGCACCAAGUCGCCCCGCCAACAAGAAGGCUGGCAGUGGCGACGACGACCCCACGUACGAUGUGGCCUAUGCACAGCCGGCCGCGAGCGACGCAGCGCAGUAUGAGAAGCCGUAUGCCACGCCAUACGAGACAAUGUACGAGCGGACAUACGAGGGCGCUUAUGAGCAGCCCGAUGUCGACGUGUACGAGGAUCCAAACGCAGACAAGACUGAGCCCCAAUAUGAACGCGCCGACCCCGACUACGAGACUGCUUCCUCCUCCUCAUCCUCCCGCCGUCAACUCUAUGAGCAGGUGCAGCCCCCACUCCACUCUGCCGACCGCGUCAACAACGAAGCCCUGCCAAAGGGGUUUUGUGCACAGUGUCGCCAGCGGAUCCAAGGAAGGGCCAUCCAAGCGCUUGGGCUGCAGUUCCACGAGGAGCAUUUCCAGUGCAUGAAAUGCGACAAGAGCCUUGCCAGUGAACCUUUCCACGCCCACCACGGCCUGCCCUUCUGCUCCACGUGUUUUCACGAGGAAACCGCGCCUCGCUGCGCCGGAUGUGACAAGCCAAUCACCACCGCAUGCAUCCAUGCAUUCAGCAAGAACUGGCACGUGGAGUGUCUCAAGUGUGACGCGUGCCACAAUCCGCUUGGCACCGAGUAUUACAACGUUGAGAACCAAACCAUUUGCUCCAAGUGUUAUGAGGAUCAGGUGAAGUACAAGUGCGCAAAGUGCAAGAAGACCAUCACGGAUGCCGCCAUCUCUGCCCUCGACAGCUACUGGCACGAGGCCUGCUUCACUUGCUGGGAGUGCAACAAGCCUUUCCCUGAAGGCCGCUACUUUCCGCAGGACAACAAGCCCUACUGCUCGUACCACUACCAUGAGAUGAAGGGCGUGGUGUGCGCACGGUGCAUGCGCCCCAUUAUCGGCAGCUUCGUGUCUGCCCUUGGCGAAAAGUGGCAUCCAGAGCACUUUCAGUGCAGUCUGUGCAACAAGAGCCUGGCCAAGACGCGCUUCCGUGAGCGAAAUGACCAGCCCUACUGCGACCCCUGCUACGUCAAGCUCUUUGGCAUCUGAGUGUAUGCGUGUGUAUGCGUGUGUACAUGUAUGCGGUGUGUACAUGUAUGCGUGCGUGUACACGCGUGUGUGCACAGCUUGUGUCCUCCUCUUUCGUACUGCUGUGCUGCACUUUCUCUCCUCUCGGCCAAGCCCACCAAGCUCACCCACUUCUCUCCCUAGCUUUUGAUUUGAGUUCAUCUAAUUGAGUGCAAACAACCACACGUGAUUGAAAAAAAAAAAAAAAAGCAAG